GGUAGAUGUAGAACAUUCAUAGAUCCUUAAUUUUCCUCCAAGUGACCAUCUGCGCAACCAAAAAAUGAGCUGCUCCCUGUUGAAUCCGCUCCGAGUUGGUUCGGGUAGAUGCCAACUCCCAAAGCAACAUCCAAGCCAGCGUCCUUCCUUGAGUAUACAUUUUCCCAGUGCUUUGUCACGUCAUGGAUGGAGAACAAAAAUGGUUGGACCAGUGAGACCUAAAUUCGUCAUCUUUGGCUCUUCCAUAGUUCAGUUCAGUUUUGACGAUAAAGGAUGGGGUGCUGAUAUUGCCAAUUUGUAUGCCCGCCAGGCAGAUGUUAUUUUACGUGGCUAUGCUGGUUGGAGUUCAGACCAGGCUCUAAAAGUUGUGGAUAAAGUCUUUCCAAAGGAUUCAACCAUCCAACCUGCUCUGGUGAUAGUCUACUUUGGUGGUAAUGAUGCAUCCAUUAAUUUUCCUAAUUCCGUGCCACUUGAUAGAUUCACGGACAACAUGACCAAGAUUGUCGAUCAUAUCAAGUGCCUCUCGACAACGACUCGCAGCAUCUUCCUCACACCACCACCGAUAAACAGUGAGCAACUUAAACAGCUUAUGCCGGGACUUGAGAAGCUUCGAACGAUGGAGAAUCUUGAACUCUAUGCGGAUGCAUUAAUUGAUAUUUGUAAGAAGUUAGGUGUUGAAUAUGUUGAUUUGUUUCGGGCCAUUCAGAAUAAAGAAGAUUGGCUAACUUUCUUCAGGGAUGGAGUCCAUUUUAACGAAAAAGGAAGUAGAGCAGCUUUUGAUGAAAUUAAGAAUAUGAUUAACAAGAAGAAUUGGACUCCAAACUUGGAUGCGAGAGCCAUGCCAAUUGAAUUUGAAGAUAUCUAAGGACUACGUUCCUUUGAAUUUGAUGAUUCAACUAUGCUCUCAUCUUAGAUUUCAAUAAAGGAUGGACCGUCGGUGGGAUCCAAAAAUAUAAAUUAUUGCUUAUGUUUUAAUUAGUUGAAUUGUGUUUGAUUAUUAUUAAAAUAAUUUAGCCAACAAUAAUUAUCUGCCAAA